GUGGUGAUACAUGUCAAUAAACAUUUGUGCUUUAAUUUGUCAUGGUGUACAACAUUAAGCCUCAACAUUAAGUGUCUUUCUUGUCUUCUUUUUAGCCCCUGCAGUUGCUCUGGUCGCUGUAGGCGUGCUGUUUUACAGAAUUUGACUUUGUGGAGAGGGUUUUGCCAUUGUAAAACUGAAGAGCACACAACAUGACUGUGGCCAAUGCAAAGUCAGGCUCAGCCAUGCAGCAGGUUCUGGACAACCUGAAAGACCUGCCCACAGGCUCGCUUGCCAAAGACAUCGACCUCAUCUUCCUUCGUGGCAUCAUGGAGAGCCGCAUCGUCCGCUCCCUCGCAAAGGCUCAAGAGCGGCUGGAGGAGGUCAAGUUGGAAGCGGUGCGAGAUGACAACGUUCAGCUGAUCUCCGAGAUCCUGGACUCCCUCAAUAAGCUGACUGACAAAGACGCUGCCACUGUGGAGCUCACCCACAUCCUCCAGGAGCCUCACUUUAAGUCUUUGAUAGAGGCUCAUGACCAAGUGGCUGCAAAGUGCUAUGAGAUGCCAAGCGUUGCACCGCUGCAAAACGGCACAGACGCCUUGGCGAAUUGUCUCAUGCCCGCCGACGCCAUCAGGAUGAUUGGCAUCCAGAAGAAAGCCGGAGAACCGCUGGGGGUGACCUUCCGCGCGGAGCGAGGAGAAAUGGUCAUCGCGCGGAUCCUGCACGGCAGCUCAAUUGACCGGCAGGGCAUGCUGCGCACGGGCGACGUCAUCCGGGAGGUGAACGGCCACCAGGUGGGCGGCGACCCGCACCAGCUGCAGGAGCUACUCAGGGACUGCAGUGGCAGCGUCACGCUGAAGGUGCUGCCCAGCUACAAGGACUCACCGGCCCUUCCACAGGUUUACCUGAAGGCCCACUUCAACUACAACCCGGCCUCAGACAACCUGAUUCCCUGUAAGGAGGCGGGCCUCGCCUUCUCGAAGCGAGACAUCCUUCACGUUGUCAACAAGGACGAUCCCGACUGGUGGCAGGCACGCAGUGUUGUGGGCGGAGCAACCGGCCUCAUCCCCAGCCAGUUCUUGGAGGAGAAGCGGAAAGCAUUUGUGAGAAAAGACUGGGAUCUGUCGGGUAAAGGGUUGCUCUGCGGGAAUCUCGUAGCCAAAAAGAAGAAGAAAAAAAUGAUGUACCUCACUGCAAAGAAUGCAGAAUUCGACCGCUACGAGCUGCAGAUCUAUGAGGAGGUGACCAAGAUGCCGCCCUUCCAGAGGAAAACUCUGGUUCUGAUUGGUGCCCAGGGUGUUGGGAGGCGCAGCCUAAAAAACAGGCUCAUCGUCAUGAAUCCUCUCCGAUAUGGAACCACUGUGCCCUUCACUUCGCGCAGCCCCAGAGAAGAAGAGCGAGACGGGCAGAACUACUCGUUUGUGACGCGGCAUCAGAUGGAGCGGGACAUCAAGGACAGCCGCUUCCUGGAGCACGGCGAGUACGACGGCAACCUCUACGGCACCAAGAUCGACUCCAUCCAUCAAGUGGUGGCGGCCGGCCGCACCUGCAUCCUGGACGUCAACCCGCAGGCUUUGAAAGUGCUGAAGACUGCCGAGUUCAUGCCCUUUGUAGUCUUCAUUGCCGCUCCUGAGCUGGACACUUUGAGAAAUAUGCACAAAGCUGUCGUGGAUGCCGGACUUACAACCAAACUACUUACCGAGAACGAUUUGAAGAAAACGGUGGAGGAGAGCGCCAGGAUCCGGCGCGCCUACAGCCACUUCUUCGACUUGACCAUUUACAAUGACAACUUGGACAAAGCCUUCGACCAACUGCAGGAGGCAGUAGAGAGACUAUUUGUGGAGCCGCAGUGGGUCCCGGUCAGCUGGGUCUACUGAUGCUGCCCCCCUCCCCUCCACCAUCGAUCCGACUGGACACUGGACUGUCCUGAGCUGCUAAGCCUGCCAUGUGAACGUAGACACUGCACUGCACACUAUGCAAGUCAGAGCACACAGGAAGUGUACUUAUUUAUUGGCAAACUCGUUUAAUUUACUCAUCAAAUAGAUUGGGAGUCAUAUUGUGUCAGGAUGUUUUGAAUAACAAAAAAUAAUUAAGUUUCCAUGUCCCAUUAUUUUAUGUCACACUUCUCAGUUGUCUAUUUAUUCUGCUAAAAUAAUAGAGGGCUUGCUGAUUGAUACCUCACCUCAGUGUUUUCGUUUACACUUUUGUCAUCUCAUUUUGCCACUAUUUGUACUUUCGUUCUUCUCGUAGUCACAACCCUGCUUUUUUCCCCCCUCCCAUUUCUGGUUCAGAGGAAAUUCAUUUAAAUUGAAGGCUUGUUGUGCCCAUCAACUAUUUCCCAGACUAAGCCGGGCACAAAUCACAUGUGAACGUUGAUGUUUCUUUCUCUCAUUCGAUGUGGUGCUGCAUUUGACUUACAAAAAUAGCCCUUUGAAUUAAACAGGGCGUUGUGUCUCAGUAAACCGUCCCUCUUGAUGUGAUCCCACUUCAACUGUUCAAAAAAUAUUGACUGACUUUAAAAAAAGGUGUAUUUUACUUAUAUUUCAGAGAUGUAUUUCCAUAGAUGUAUUUUCAAAUGUAAAAUAAAAGUUUUUUU